AGUAAAUUCUUUAACCUUAUUUGUAACUUGGAUGUCACACACCCAAAACCCUUAUGCUGUUGUAUUAGAUUAGUACUCGUUGCAUGUCUCAAUAAGAAAAUCAAAGUUAAAAAGAGCAGCAGUCUGCAUAGUACAAUCACUCCAAACCGCCGCCGCCGCUACCACCCUUUCCAUUCCCAUUCUCUCUGCCUUUUACAUCUCAGUGAUCUCAUAACAAUGGCUUCUCUCAGCCACCCUCUCAAACCCCGUUUUCUUUCCACCCCCAAGCCCAAACUUCAAACCAACAAAUGCCCCACCAAAGUCCGCAUGUCUUUCCAAGAAUCAGGCCCCUCCAUCGCCGUCGUGGGCGUCACUGGCGCCGUCGGCCAAGAAUUUCUUUCCGUCCUCUCCGACCGUGACUUCCCUUACCGGUCCCUCAAGCUUCUCGCCUCCAAACGCUCCGCUCGGAAGUCCAUUUCAUUCCAAGACCGCACCUUUACCGUCCAAGAACUAACCGCCGACAGCUUUGACGACGUUGACAUUGCGCUUUUUAGUGCUGGUGGGUCGAUAAGCAAACAGUUCGGUCCCAUUGCGGCUGAUAAAGGCGCCAUCGUGGUAGAUAAUAGCUCAGCGUUUCGAAUGGUUGAUGGAGUGCCAUUAGUUAUUCCUGAAGUAAAUCCGGAAGCAAUGGCCGGGAUUAAAAUUGGUAAUAAAAAGGGUGCUUUGAUUGCAAACCCCAACUGUUCUACUAUUAUCUGCUUAAUGGCUGCUACCCCUCUUCAUCGCCAUGCUAAGGUGACUCGAAUGGUGGUCAGUACAUAUCAAGCAGCCAGUGGUGCUGGUGCUGCUGCUAUGCAUGAGCUUGAGCUUCAAACCCGUGAGGUCUUGGAAGGGAAACCACCAACUUGUGAUAUCUUUAAACAACAAUAUGCCUUUAAUUUGUUCUCACAUAAUGCUCCGGUUCUUGAGAAUGGAUAUAACGAAGAGGAAAUGAAAAUGUUAAAAGAGACAAGAAAAAUCUGGAACGACAUGAAUGUUAAAGUCACUGCUACAUGCAUACGAGUGCCUGUGAUGCGUGCUCAUGCUGAGAGUGUGAAUCUUCAGUUUGAGAAGCCCCUUGACGAGGACACAGCAAGAGAAAUUUUGAAAACUGCACCAGGGGUAGUAGUUAUCGAUGAUCGGACUUCUAAUCGCUUCCCAACCCCAUUGGAGGUAUCAAACAAAGAUGAGGUUGCAGUUGGCCGGAUUCGCCAGGAUGUGUCUCAAGAAGGCAAUCAUGGGUUGGACAUGUUUGUCUGUGGUGACCAAGUACGGAAGGGAGCCGCCCUCAAUGCUGUUCAGAUCGCUGAGUUGCUCUUAUGAUCUUGCCGGGGGUAAAUUCAUUCAGGCAAUUAGAUUCGGAUUUCACUUGUGUUGAGUUUAUUUAAUUUUGGUAUUUAAAAAUACAUGUAACAUGUUUUGGAGAGUUGAAAAAAAUUUUGAGGGUGUUUUUGUAGCUUAAACAACUAGAGGUCUUGUAUCUCAAAGUAUAUGUAGGUGCAUUAAUUAAUGUUCCCAGUUGGUGGGAAAUUUUGUUCAAAGAAUCUUCUUAGAGGCUGCAUUGUAAAGGUGGAAGCCAUCAUCUGUGUA